GCACGCACUCCUUUUGCGUGUUUCGGAGAGGAAAAGAAAAUCCUUGGUGUAGUCCAAUCCAGCCGUGCAAGGCUGUGCUAGCUCAUGAGUACUUCACGCUGGGAUCGCAAGGAAAGUGACCUCUUACUCUCCCCCUCUCGACUCUGCUCCGUGCUUAUACAGGUCCACACCGCGCGGCCCUGCGCACUUGAAGAUUGGACAGGGUUUGCAGAGACGAAAUCAGGAACUCAUGGCGGCCGCGGGACGGUCGGAGGUGCCGCUGGCCGUGAUCCAGGACCGGUCGGGCUCGACGGCGACGUCGGCGUAUCCUGGCUCAGACACCGGACAAGAGAAGCCCACCCAGAACACCGCAUCAACAGCCAGCUCCGCUCCGAUGGGCGAGUGCAGCACGGAGUACAGGGGCCUCCCCGACGGCAAUGGCGAGGGCGCCGAGGCGCUCCGCAAGGUCUCCAUUGUCCCGCUGGUCUUCCUCAUCUUCUACGAGGUCUCCGGCGGGCCAUUCGGCAUCGAGGACAGCGUGGGCGCGGCGGGGCCGCUCCUCGCCAUCGCCGGUUUCCUGAUCCUCCCCGUCAUCUGGAGCAUCCCGGAGGCGCUGAUCACGGCCGAGCUGGGCACCAUGUUCCCGGAGAACGGCGGGUACGUCGUCUGGGUCGCCUCAGCGCUCGGCCCCUACUGGGGCUUCCAGCAGGGGUGGAUGAAGUGGCUGAGCGGCGUGAUCGACAACGCCCUGUACCCUGUCCUCUUCUUGGACUACCUCAAGUCCGCCGUCCCGGCGCUGGGCGGCGGCCCGCCGAGGGCGUUCGCUGUCCUGGGACUCACGGCGGUGCUGACGCUGCUGAACUACCGGGGUCUCACCGUCGUCGGCUGGGUUGCAAUCUGCCUUGGGGUGUUCUCUGUCCUGCCUUUCUUCGUCAUGGGGCUCAUCUCACUCCCCAAGCUCCGGCCGACGAGGUGGCUGGUGGUCGACCUCCACAACGUCGACUGGAACCUGUACCUGAACACUCUGUUCUGGAACCUCAACUACUGGGAUUCCAUCAGCACGCUGUCCGGUGAGGUCGACAACCCCGGCAAGACGCUGCCCAAGGCGCUGUUCUACGCGGUCAUCUUCGUGGUCGUGGGCUACCUGUACCCGCUCCUCGCCGGGACCGGCGCGGUGCCACUGGACAGGGGGCAAUGGAGCGACGGCUACUUCGCGGACAUAGCGAAGCUGAUGGGCGGCGCGUGGCUGAUGUGGUGGGUGCAGGCGGCGGCGGCGCUGUCCAACAUGGGCAUGUUCGUGGCGGAGAUGAGCAGCGACUCGUACCAGCUGCUGGGCAUGGCGGAGCGGGGCAUGCUCCCGGCCUUCUUUGCGCGGCGGUCGCGGCACGGGACGCCGCUGGUGGGCAUCCUGUUCUCGGCCUCCGGCGUCCUGCUGCUCUCCUCCAUGAGGUUCCAGGAGAUCGUGGCCGCCGAGAACUUCCUCUACUGCUUCGGCAUGCUCCUUGAGUUCCUGGCGUUCGUGCUGCUGCGUGUGCGCCGGCCCGACGCGCCGCGGCCGUACCUUGUCCCGCUCGGGACCGCCGGGUGCGUGGCGAUGCUGGUGCCACCCACGGCGCUGAUCGUAGUGGUGCUCGCGCUGUCGACGCUCAAGGUGGCGCUGGUGAGCCUCGGUGCGGUGGCCGUCGGGCUCGUGCUGCAGCCCGGCCUGAGGCUCGUGGAAAAGAAGGGAUGGCUCAGGUUCGCCGUCAACUCGGACCUGCCGGACAUGGGCGCGACACACCCACCAGCCGCGCCGGGCGAGCCUUUGGCGCCAUAGCCCGUGCGCUAGAAAAAACGAGCUGGAUUUGGGCUUCACUUCACAGUACGUCAAAAAAAAUUGGGCUGGAUAGGCCUCCAUGGAGGUCUGCAUGCCUGAGGACUGGUAAGGCCGUAGAAAUGCAUCAACCGGAAUUCGAUUCUAAAGCUGCGCAUACCCAGUGUACGUUUCACGUCAAACAGCAGCACAGCAGUCAUCCAAUCGAACCAAACAUAGCACGAUGGAUUGCACGUGCUAGCAGACCGACCCUCCAUCCAUUUCGUAUAGUGUGGUUGGUGACAUGUUGAACGGUGACCCCAAAUGCUCUUGAUCGUCAGUUCGUCACACGCGCAUGGCUGCCCGCUUUAUGGCAGGAAGCAUGAGAUGGACUCUGCAGCAAGGAUUGGGAUUUAGCAUGUCAUGUUGUCAAUUGAAAGCACCUCUAAAGCUGUUUAAAAACAACUCUAAAAUGUGGACCGAUAGCCCACUGCCGCUUAGGGCCUGUUUGGAUGGCUGAAAUGUUUCUAAUUUUGGAUGUUUUUGGUAGGAUCGCUACCAAAUGGCUGAAAAACAUUUUUCAGGAAAAGCCUACGGGUGUGAAACGCCUAGAAAGCUGUUUCUUAGUAUUUGCACAUGUUGCCACUGCCCGAGCACAAUAGCAUCCUUCCCAUAUCCAUGCCACAACAGGUUCCUUUUUCGUCCCAUCUUUGGUGCCUUGAAAUUAUCCACCGCCCUAAGUCCUCUGUCAUCGCUCGAGCUGUCCUGGAGCAAUGCGUCGCCCCUCGAGCCAUCUGGAGCACCAUGCCACCCCUUUGGCCUCCCUGGAUUCAGGUGCCUCCCC